AUUCCCGGUGGCGCCUCCCCUUCUCCCUCCUCCGUCCAGGGCGUCUAUAUUGGAGCAGCGCCCGCAGCGUCCACGCAGGGGCUGACCCUCUUGGGCAAGGGAAGCCAGGAUCGCGGCGGGGAGGAGAGGAGGGGAGCCGGCCUCUGGUGCCGGCCGAGGGGUCGUUGCAGAACCGGGCAGCCUGGGCAGGAGCAGGAGUUGCGCCCCGGAUUGGCUCGGGUCCAAAGCCGCCCGCUGGGAUCGUAAAUCGCGUGGUGUCCUUUUAGCUAUCCGAUAUGGACCUAAAGGAUCCAGCGACUCUUGCGUCCACCUCAAACAGCUUAAUACAGCCUUCUUUGCCACGCCCACUGAAGAAGCUGUAUAGGAGUGAACCGAUGGCCCUGGGGAUCACGCAGAUCCUGAUCGGCAUCCUGGAAAUAUCUUUUGGACUUGUGGUAACCAUGGCAGAAAGUGCUGAUUCGUACUUUAACAGUGGAGCACAUUAUGCUACUCCAUAUUGGCUGGGAAUCCUGUACAUCAUUUCUGGAUCUCCUUCUGUGGUGGCUGCCAAGCGCCCCAAGGUGCCACUGGUGAAAGGAAUGCUGGCAAUGAAUGUUGUGAGUUCCGUGGCAGCGGGCACUGCAAUUGUGAUACACUUCAUUACCAUAUUUCAUCCAAUAUACUACAUUGGCUGCCAAUCAUACCGUCACAGAGACAUGCCACCUGACAUUUGCCAUGAAUUGGUCGCCAUUCCUUAUAAUAUAAUGUACGGAGUAUUAGCUAUCCUGCUGGCAGUCACUGUCCUGGAGUUCCUCAUCAGCAUCACCUCUGCUGCCUUUGGGUGUGCCACUGUGUGCAGGAAUGCCUACAGUGAAACGACUGUAGUCAUUUUUCAGAAGACAGAUGAGGGGAUCACUCCUGCUUCAGCUCUUCCGGGGCAAUCGAACAGGGCUGUGGAGGCGUGAGGGUGUUUCCCCCUUUUUAUAAUUUCUCCAGCGGAGUCUUCCCUGGCCUUCUGAAAAUGGAGAUGCGUUCCUGGCCGCCGCUGGUUCUCCUAUUCUCCCUCCCAAUCCGAGAAAAGGAAGAUUCAUGAUGGGGAAGUCGAACAUCUGGACCACACUCAACUUUGAUUUAGUUUUAGUCAUAUUUGCAAUGGCUGAUAUUAUAUAAAGGCAGCACGGUAUAUCCUGACCUU